UUGUCAAAAGCUAAAGCUUGAGCAUUACUUCAAUUUAUUUGACGUUUGAAUAAAGUUAUUUAGCUAAUGUUUUCGUACUAAAGUAAAAAACAAUCUUCUCAAUUCUACAUAAUUUUUGAAUAAGAUUACCGAUACAUGAUAUACGAUUCACAAUGUCAGACAAGCUAACCCUCGAUCGUAAUGCUAUGAAAGAUAAGUCUACAGCUCAUCUAAGAAUAUAUGUUGGCGGGCUAAGCGAAGACCAUACCGAAGUUGAUGAUUUAUACAAUCAUUUCAUAGCAUAUGGGCAAAUCGAUGGAAUCGUGGUCAAUCGCGUAUUUGGUUUUGUACAAUUUCAUAAUGAGUCAAGUGCACAGGAGGCAAUCACUAAAGCAAAUGGAAGCAUCUUCCAGGGUAGAAAAAUUACAGUAAGAUCUGUUCUGAAGAAUGAACCAAGACGAGAAGUGGAAGUAAUUCAGCCAGAAGUACCGCCAGCAGUGGCUCUAUCAGACAACAUACCUGUUGUGAAUGAUGAUAAUCAAGAUGAACUGUAUGAUAACUAUGGAAACUAUAUUGGUGACCAAUCUACAAGAGAUGAGGAAAUUCACCAAGAAGAGAAAUUCAAUAAGAGCUGGAAUGAGCCCCGUGAACUUCCCCCAAGGGGCAGGGGGCGAGGGGCGCCUCGGGGUAGGGGCAGAGGCCGGGGGCAGCCUGCCUAUCGAGAUAGAUCUCCAGUUAGAGCUGGAGGCGAAUGGCCAGAGAGAGAACGAUUCGAAAGGUUCCCGGAGUAUCCAAGAAAUUUGCCCGUGCCAGAGCGCAAUGAUUGCGAAAUUAUUGUCGUCUCAAAAAUGUUAACUGAAUACGCUGAAUAUAUAGAGGGUCGUCUAAAAAGGCUGGGCAUAGUAGUGGAUUUGCUUUUUCCCAUGGAAGAUGUUCCCAUUGGCAAGGUAUUAGGUAACAUUGCGUCCCGAGGUUGCCUGUACGCCAUUCUAGUCAUGCCACAAAACCAGGAGAAUAGAUCGCUAACUCUCACCAUUUUACAUGGGCUGCCUCAAGAACACCGCAACAUGCCAAUAGAAGACGCGUUACAGUUAUUAUCCAGAAACUUUCAAGAGGUACAACGUGGUGGGCCGUCUGGUCGGGAGGCGGUGUAUGCGCUCUUGGGACAGCUGGCCGAUGGCAGAACGUUAACAGUUCUGCAGUAUGAUAAAGUUAUUGAAUAUUUACAGGAAAAACGAGAACAGCAAGUCAAAAUCGAAUUGGGUGAGCCACUCACAUCCGCGGCGCCUGCAAAUAAAACACAAGUUGAUCUGCAACAAAGGAUCUUGAGCAUACUCAACGAUAAGAAGGCAGAGGUUGAAAAAUCACAACCAGCUAUAGCACCUCAGAAACCAGAACAAAGCAAAUUACUAAAUGACCCAACUGUUAGAAAAGCAUUGGACUCAAUUUUACAGAAAUUUGCAUAAAUGCAUUCAAUAGGAUAAUUUAGGUUACACUAAAUAUAAUGAUUUUUUAGUUCAUUUGAACUGAAAUAAAUAUCUAAUUUUAUUGUAUUUCUUAUAGAAAAUAAGCAAUAAAACAUAAGUACAUAUACCA